CCACUGGCUGUCAAUUGUAAACAUAGAGGAUAAAGAUUCAUUUAGCAUCAAUUUUAGGGAGUGGCUAAAACAAAGUCUGCAGUUUAAUGCAAUAGAGCUGUACAGAACAGAGAGCGCCUGUGCGUUUUGUGGGGUUGAGCUUUUUCUAAAAGCAGGCUGUUCUUUUAUCCUUCCAGCCUUUAAACACAGAGGUUUCACUUGGUUUGCUGGAUAAGUCGUCAGUUAUAUGUUUAUUUGCUGAGCUGCUGGUUCAUUUGAUUCAUAGGACACAGUCAGUGUUUGCCUUCAAAUUCCAAAUUUUGAAACUCUGAAGAGCUCGUCAUGGAUGACUUUGAACGUCGUAGAGAGCUCAGGAGACAGAAACGGGAGGAAAUGCGCCAAGAAGUAGAAAGAGUUACCUAUCAAAGAAAUGAUGAUGACGAGGAAGAAGCCGCAAGAGAACGCCGCCGUCGGGCUCGCCUUGAGAGACAGCGCUUGCAAAAGGAUGAUGUUGGUGAUGGGAACGUGACAGAAGUUAACUCUCAAAAUAGUAUAACAGUAGAGGAGACCAAAUCCACAAGCAUAACAAACAGUGAUAUUACCUUGGAUGAUGAAGCUGCUUUGUCGGACAGAUUGGCCAAACGAGAAGAGAGACGUCAAAAACGUAUGAAGGAGGCUCUGGAACGUCAAAAGGAAUUUGAUCCCACAAUAACCGAUGAAAGUCUAUCACUUAUAAAAAGUAACCGCAAUGGAGACAAUGAAGUUGAAGAAAAUGACACCUCUAUCAAUGACGAUGUAUCUGUGACUCGACGAACAAAAUAUGAAGUUGAAGAGAGUGAGACAGUGACCGUAUCCCAUGAUAAGAAUGAUGAGAAGGAAGAGCCACAAUUAGAAGUGGAAGAAGAAAAGACAGAUGAGCAGGAACAUGUAGAGGAAACACACUUAGAGGAAAAUCAGGUAGAAGUGACUUUUGAAGUAAAAAAUGUAUCCCAUGCAAGUAAGGCAUUUGAUUUAGGAACAGAUGGUGUAGGACGUGGUUUAGUAAUAAAUUUGCAAUUAGAAGCAGUGGAGAGGAAAGAAGAUGAUGAGAAAGAAAGGCAAGAAGCAGAAGAACGUAGAGCAGUGGAAGAAAGUGAGAGGGUUGAGGCUGAAAGGAGAGCAGCAGAAGAAAGGGACAGGAUUGAAGAAGAAGCCAGAAGGGAGGCAGCAGAGAGGGAAAGAAUUGAAGCAGAAAGAAAGGCAGCAGAGGAAAGGGAAAGGCUUGAAGCAGAAGCCAAAAGGGAAGCAGAGCAGAGGGAAAAAGAGAGAGCCAAAGCAGAGGAGCUAGAGAAGGAAAAACAACAAAAACAAGAGAGGAAGGCAGCAGAGGAAAGAGCUGAGGCUGAGAGAAAAGCAGAAGAAGAAAGGAUAAAGGCAGAGCAGAAAAAGGCACAAGAGGAGAGGGAAAGAUUAGAAGCAGAACAGAGGAAAGCAGCUGAGGAAAAAAGAAAGGCGGAGGAGAGGGAAAAGAAAAAAGCUGAGGAAAAAAAAGCUGCAGAGGAAAAAAAAGCGGCAGAAGAGAAGGCUAGGUUAGAUGCCAAAAAGAAGAAUGAAAAAGUAAAGACAGAAGAGAAAAAAGACAAAAAAGCUGAUGACAAACAGGUAAAAGAAAAGAGGGCGCAAGAGGAAAAGAUCCAGCCUGCAUUCCUGAGGAAACAGGGAGAAGACAAAGACUCUAAAUUUGAAGCUAAGAAGGAGAAAGAUGUGCACCCAAGAACUGGAUUUAAAAAAGAGGAGGUAAAGGAAGAGAAAAGAGGAUUCAAGGAAGAGGUGAAAACCAGCUGGGAACGCAAGAAAACUUUUCCAGAGACCAAAGUACAAAAUGGAGAAGGUCCCCACGAAGUCACUCCGAAGCUUAAGCAACUUGAGAAAUUUGGUGGUGCAAAAGCUUCGGCAAGCACAGAUGAAGCAGAUGCCGUAUCAAAGGUUGAAGCAGGAAAAAAGCUGGAAGAUUUACGUCGUCGCCGAGGUGAAACAGAGAGUGGAGAGUUUGAUAAGUUAAAACAGAAGCAGCAGGAAGCGACUGUGGAAUUGGAGGAACUGAAAAAGAAGAGGGAAGAACGUAGGAAACUUAUGGAGGAAGAGGAAAAAAGAAAGAAGCAGGAAGAGGCUGACCGAAAAGCCAGGGAGGAAGAAGAGAAGAAGAGGCUGAAAGAGGAAAUAGAGAAGAGAAGAGCAGAAGCUGCAGAAAAACGUCAGAAACUUCCAGACGAAGGUUUAUCAGAAGAGAAGAAACCAUUCAAGUGUUUUACUCCAAAAGGCUCAUAUCUAAAGAUUGAAGAGCGGGCAGAAUUUUUGAAUAAGUCAGCUCAAAAAAGUGUUAAAUCAAAUCAACCAGCAUCAGUUGUUGUGUCCAAGAUUGACAGCAGGCUGGAACAGUAUACUAGCGCCAUCGGGAGCAACAAAGGUGGAAAACCUGCAAAACCUGCACCUUCUGAUCUCCCGUUGCCAUCUGACGGUGUCCGUAAUAUAAAGAGCAAAUGGGAGACAGGGAAUGUCUUCUCUUCACCAGGAAAUGUAUUGUCACCAAACAAGGAAACGGCUGGCUUAAAAGUUGGCGUAUCAAGUCGUAUUAGUGAAUGGCUAACUAAAACUCCAGAUACAAGCAAAUCUCCUGCUGCAAAGCCUUCUGAUUUAAGACCUGUAGAUGUAUCUGGCAAACGCAAUAUUUGGGAAAAGCAACAAGUGGAGAAACCUGGAUCGCCAUCUAAGUUGCAGGUGAAAACUGGAGGGAAAAAGUCUGAUGCCAAUGCAGGGCUGAGAUUUGAAAACGAACCUUAGGAACAUUUUGGAAGCCAUUGGACCAACUCAGUUAUAAAGUGCUAAAUUGUCUUUUUUUUAUAUUUAUGUUUACUUACCAAAAAUGUGUUUUUCAUUAUACCAAUUAAAACAAAAAACAUGUAUAUCUGCACUCUAUUUAAUAUGCCCAAAAUCUAAACAUAUGAUCAUGAGAUUAGUAGUGCCAUUCAUAUGAACCCAUGGGGGGGAGAGGUGUUAGCUUUAAAUGGGGGCUUAAUACCUUAUUUUGAUCUACAUUUAGUAAGAAAGCAAUCAGUAAACCUCGAAAUACCUGUUAUUGUAUAGACCAGUUGACUUACAAAGGUGAGCAAUAAUGCAGUUAGGAUGAAUUAAAGAUAAGAGUAAAUACAGAUAUUGGUACUCACAUUGCUUGAAAUCCCUUCUCUAUCAACAACAUAUAUACUUAUGUUUAACUUUUAUAAUAACGUCCUGUUUAAAUGUUACUUCUAGGACUCCAUUCUGUCCCUCUACAUCUCUGUAGAGGGACCUAAAUGGCAACAUUCUUCCUUCUUCUGUCACUCAACAGCACAUUUUUAUGUGAAACGUCAUGGCUGUAUUCUGGUAGCCAGGAACAAGGAAGAGGAGGAAUAGAGAGGGCAUUCAGUACAGAGCAGAUUCUAGGUAUUAUUUGUGAACUAAAAGAGCAUCCCGAAUAGCCCUGUAUUAUCUAGAUUAUUGGUGUAGCUGUACUUCCUGUAUGUGGGUAUUAUACAUUCAUAUAGAAAUAAUUUUCACGUUCUUGUGGCAUUUUUAGACAUCCUCAUUUCCAGAAAUGUCAUCUUGUUCCUCUCAGAUAAACUGUAGGCAAUAAACAAGAUAUUUGACCAUUUGCAGUUAUCAGCAAUGGUAUUUCUGCAUUGACGUAAAUAUUUUGGAUCCAGACUGAAACUCUGCAAGAUAAGAGAUUAUCACCCACCCCCCCAAAAAAAGGUUUCAAAAGGACAGAUAAUUGGAAAAUUCAAACUGUGUACAUUUAUAUAAUUUUAAUGGUGUGUCUGAGCAGCAAUUUGUACACAAACAUUAUUAGAUAGUUUAGAAUCCUCCCUCCCCCCAUCUAAAAAAGAAAAUCCACAAAUUACUCUCCUUUCUACAGUGUCAAGUCUCCUUUCGUGAUGCCACAACCACCUCCUUGGGUUUCGUCAUUCUGAUGACAUGACUCGAAGAUGAUGGGCCAAUCCAAUGCUCCUCGUAAUUGGGAAAUGCAUUCGCGGCACUUGCCGCCAUGCACCUAAAAUUCCUCCUUGGAGAAUCAUUGUAUACACAGAUUCUCUAUGGCUGACUGUGACAGCACUGCACAUGCAGUUGAAACCUUGUUUCCAAGCCUUCUACUUAGUUUAAUAUUGUCUUUUGGGGGAUAAAAUAGGGGGUGGCAGGACUGCAGGCACUAUAACAACUUCAAUAAAAUUCAGUUGUUAAAGUGACUAUAGUGUUACAAGUUCGCAAUGAAUAGGGUUAAUUUAGUUCUAGUGUAAUAUAUCAAAGAGCUCAUCUUAUGGGUUUUCUGUCUCUCAAAUACUGAGUCAUGAUCAAUUUAGAUUCAGAAUAAAAACGAAAGUCCUAAAAACUGUACUGUUACAGUGUUUUUGAGAAGGGGGCAGUAUUCCGUGACAAUAAGAAUCAGCACCUUAGUUUAGAGUAGUAGCAAGUAAAUUUAGAAGAUAUACAAGAACAAGUAUCAAACAGAAUGAUAUUGCAUUGGUAACUGAACCAAUAUUUUGCAAAUAAAUUUUAAACCUCAACCUUUUUAAUAUAUUAUAGGCAAUGCCAAAUUUGAUUUGUAUUAGCCGUAAGUGGUACUUAUAUGGUUGUCCUUAUAGUGUUAACAAUUGCAGUUUAUACACACAAUACAGCUUUUACACAGGUAGCUUUUAAUUUUAUGGCACUAUUAAAUGGAAAACGCUUUUCUAUGUGCUAGAAUAUAUCUAGAGAUAUUUUUACAUACUAACCAACAUCACAGCUUUUUAAAUUCACUUUUUAUGUUAAAGAAUAUUGUCAUUGAUAGGAAAGAAUUAUGCCCAAUUUUAAUUAAAGUAAAAAAUCUAAAAGUUUAAAAGAAGAUUAUUAAAAAAAAAAAAAAAAGACAUAGGUACAGUAUUCAGACUCUCAAAAUUAGUUGAAAUUUGGACGGACAAUAUAGUUAAUUUAUGAACAGAAAUGUAUUAAUUUUCUAAAGUCUUUAAAUGCCAUUUAAUCAGAUUCUUGCAAUAGUCAGUUUUUUGUCUUUUUUUUUAUUUCUUUUUUCCUUUUUUUAUUUUAAGUUUUUCAUUAUAACUACGCUUGCAUCUUACCUUGUUCCAAAAAUUUUGACAGGCAGGUUUCAUUAUAUUUGUAAAUAAUAAACUAGUUCCGUGGCAAAAUAACACUUUGAAGUCCAUUCACUAAAGCUUGAGUUAUGGUGGUGAGUUGAAAAUUCUAGGCCAAUAUAGCAGAUUUGUAAUAUAAAUCCCCAACUGUGUAAACUAAGCAUGUUUCCCAAUUCUGCUAUUUUUGCCCUAUUUUUUCAAUUAUGCAUUUAUGUUUUCAAGCUAACGCAACUUUAUUUUUUGUGAAAAUAUCCAUUUGGCUUUAUUCACUAAGCAUUGACUUGACAACAAAAAAAAUACAAAAUGACACAUAGCAAAAAGCCACGUUUGAGAAUUGUGGCAGUUUGGGCUUAAAAAUAUGCAACUCCUUUUGUCUCAGUUUUGUGAAUAAACCAAUUUUUACACACUGUGCAGUGUGCAUUUAGUGAAUCUGUCUUGUCCCUCAUUAGAAUCAAAUACAAAUUUAAUUUCUGAUACCAUCAUCCACUGAAUUCAGACAAAUAUAAAAUAUAAUACUGUAAUAUCAAAGAUUAGAUCCACCACUUUGCUGCAAUAUAGUAAUCUUAUAAAAAAUAAAUAAAUCAAUGUGUUAUUUUACAAAUGUCAGAUGCACUCAGUUAUUGUGUUGUUAUAAACCUAGGCAUGCCAGCCUUGAAUUGUCUGCAAAGCUAUCAUUUCUGUGACCACAUUCAACAUUGCAACUGCGUAGAAUCAUUUGUUUAAACAAUGUAUUAUGAAACUGCAACCACAAUAAAUGGAUACAUUUA